GACAAUUUUUGAAGGGUCGAAGUGCAAUUUGCCGAUAAUUUAAAGGGACAAAUAAAUUCUUCGUUAGGGUUUUGUUAUUGUUUCAACUUUGAGCUUUGGUUAGGGUUUUGUUAUUGUUUCAACUUUGAGCUUUCAUCGGUAAAUUAAACCAUGUCGUCGAAUAACGUACCGACAGACCUUCUGAUAGAAAUCCUCCAAAACCUGCCUGUUAAAUCCUUAAUCCGCUUCGCCGCCGUCUCCAAAUCAUGGCGGUCGAUUAUCACCAGCGCCGCCUUCAUGGCUUCCCACCUCUCAAAAGGUAAAAACCAUACCCAUACCCUAAUCCACACGGAAGGAAAAAAUUCAUUGGUUAAAUUCACUGCAGAUGGACCCUUUGCUGUCGAUUCUCCCUCAAAACUCGAAUUUCCCUACUACAAACCACACAGCAUUUAUUUAAGAAUAGUAGACUCUUGCGAUGGGCUUGUGUGCUUAUCGAAUAAAUCCUUCAUGAUUUUUCCGCAAUCACGUGGCGUUAUAUGGAACCCCUCUGUUAGAAAUCAUGUAGUUUUACCCGACCCUACUAUCAAUCCGAAAGACGCCUACAUUUCUGUACUCGGUUUCGGAGUUGAUGCAGGUCGUACCCACCACAAGGUAGUGAGGUUUGUUUACUGCAGAAACGCGGCCGGUAUUUUUACGACACGGGUUGAGAUAUUUUCCCUCAAGACAUGGAGUUGGCGGAUGUUGAUUGGUGGAGUUGAUCUUACUCUGGGCGCUUAUCCAAGUCUGUUACGUCAAGUUUUCUUGAAUGGGGUUGUGCAUUGGCUCAUCGAGGAAAAACCGAUCGGUGACAAUAGUUUUCGUCGUAGUUAUGUUUUGGCCUUUGAUGUUGGAGAUGAGGUAUUCGAUGAAGUGAUGUUGCCAGAAUGGGAGGCGGGUGGUUCAGGUUUCGCAAAGUUGAGUAUUUUCUUGAUUAACGAAUCACUCGGAGUUGUCAAGUCAACUGGCGAGUCGUGUGAUGUGUGGGUGAUGAAGGAGUACUGUGUGAGAGAAUCUUGGACUAAGUUAUAUACCAUUCGUUUGUUUGAAAAGAUAGAAAAUGUAGUUGCCUUUUUGAAUAGCGGCGAAGCUUUAUUGGCCUUAGAGAAUUCUAGAUUAGUUGUCUAUAAUUCAGAGACUAAGCAUCCUAAAGAUCUUGGAAUCUAUGGGACUCCGCCCUCGCUUUAUAUGUAUAAUUAUGUCGAAAGCUUGCUCUUGCUUAGAGGACGGACAUAUUAGUGGAGACGAGUUAGAUACGGUGAUGUAAUAGCUUAGAAAUAUGGGAGAAGCUUUUUGGUGAAUAGUAGCCGAAACAAAUUAAACACUGUUGAUGGGACGUAAACGAAGGGCAUUUCAGGCAAGACUCUUAUUGUUUUGAGUUAGAUAUCACUUGAUCUUGAUAUUA